GAGAAGGUCAGUCAUCUUAAUGGAAAGACGAGAUGGACCGUGUACAACUUCCUGAACGCGUCUGCUCAGACAAAGUGAAGCGUGAUAGGAGGAUGUGGAUUAGAACUUUGGCUCAGGGAAGUAUAGAGCGGUUUUCCUGAAGGAGUGAGGACAGAGCUUGACUCAAGAAGCCAGCAGAAGAGCCUAAAGGAAAUGAGAGCCCAGAAAGAACAUGCUGGGAACCCGUUUCAGGAGAAAGCUUUGCCAGUAUGAUGAGGAAGGUUGGUUAAGGAAUUUUGAUCCAGCACCCUGGAGACUGAAGCAGGAGGAUUACUGUGCAUGGUAGGCCAUCCUAGACUACACAGGAUGACCCUGUCACCAGAAAGAAAGAAAAAAAAUUAAAACAGGUUUAAUCUGUUCUAAUGGCCCAGUGAACAAUAGGAUACGUUGGAUUCCCGACUUGAAUUGCUAAAAUAACAACUCACCCAAAAAUAGAGGAGUUUAGCAUUGUGGUGCUGGCACAUUCCAAGGCCAGCCUGAUCUACAUAAUGCGUUUCAGGCUAGCCUGAGCCAGACAGACCCUGUCUCAAGAAAAAGAAAAGUAAUGAAGGGAGAUCAGAGCGACAGCUGCAGUAGUAUUUCAACAGGGUAAAUGAUCUGCUUGCAUAUAUAUUCACUAAUCCACUCUUAAAAAAUAUUUCCCACAGCUUUUCAGUUUUGAAAGUGGGAAAAUGAUAUCAGAUUCACACUGAGGCAUUCUAUAGUGAUUCCACAUAAGGUAAUCUGAGUUUGGGCCACUCAGCACUUGUAAGUCUAGUAAAUGAAAAGCUGAGAAUUCUACCCAUGACAAUUGACAGCCCUUAGUUUAAAAAAAAAAAUCAAGAGUAUAUAGAACUCUUAAACUCGUAGACUCUAAUGCAAAACAGAUUGACUCUGGGCACUUACAUAAGUUUUCAUGUUUCUCCACCACAGAGAAUACUAUAUGUAAAUUUUCUCUGGAAAGGAAACAUUAAUUGACUUAUUUGAGUACUUUUAAACUGUGAAUGAGCAAAGGAAAUACUUCUUUAAUUCAUCGCUAGUAGAGAAGUAUUAAAGAUUAAAAAAAAUAAACUUCUGUAUUUCAGCUGCAGAGGCAGGCAGAUCUCUGAGUUUGAGGCCAGCCUAGUCUACAAGGUGAAUUCCAGGGAAAGCCAGGGCUCUGUUACACAGAGAAACCCUGUCUGAGGAUGUGGGGGGAACAACAUGACACUUCAGUUUUUAAAGGAUGUGUCACUCUUAAUUUCUGUGCAGAAUGUACCUGCUUUUGACCCAGAGGCAAAUUCUUGGUGACUUCAUUAUUUUAAGUUAGGUCAAAUGUGCUUUCCAGAAUGCAAACCAGAUAGCAGCAUGCUUUUUGCUGCUACCCUAAUUGAGAAGAGAUGCUGCUAGCUGGUUUAAAAAGAGGAGUAUAUUAAAAGAUGCUUUGGGGACUUGAGGAUUCAGCUUAUGGUAGAUCAUGAGCAAAUGCAAUGCUUUGGACAUCACCCAAAACAAAAAAGAACAGAUUUUUUUUUUAAUCAUACAUUUAAAUGAUCUGUUGCCAACAUUGUCUUCUUUCUUUGCAUCUUUUAAUCUUUAACCUCUAAGAACAAAGUAACAUGUCCAGUAUUAACAACUGUAAUCCCACCUCUCCAGGAAGAUCAAAAUUCAAGGCCAGCCUGGACUACAUGGGGAGUUCCAGGUCAAUCUAGACUACAUAGCAAAACCCUGUCUUGGGGGAGAAAAAAUGUUGCUAUGUUGCUGUUUGAAAUAUUUCAAAGUAUUUUUAUGACCAUUCUUUUCCUUGUGAUGUUCUUCCAAGGAUAAUGGAAAACUUUUCCUUAGGAAGUGAGAGAUUGAGACAUGUCAUGUAGCCCAAGCUGGCCCUGAACUCCUGAUCUUUCUUCUCCCCACUUUCCAGCUGCUGGUAUUACAAACAUGUUCUACCGCAUUUGGCUAGAAAUUUUGUAUUUGGGGUGUUUCUCUAUGAAUUUAUUUUGCUAAAUUGCUGUGGUGGGUUGCUGAUUUUUUUGUGUGUGUGGAUGUUUGACAUGUAUUAUUAUUAAGAAUUAACUACCCAAAAAUGGGCUCUUGAGGCUGUAGAAAUGGCUCAGUAGGUAAAGUGCUUGCUGUGAAAUCGUGGACCUGUGUCUAUCCCUAGCAUCUAUAUAGCUGGAUGUGGCUGCACACACCUGUAAUCCCACCAAUGGGGAGGCUUGCUAGCCAGCCAGUCUAGCCAAACCAGCAAACUCUAGCUUCAGUGAAAGACUCUUUCAAAAAAUAAAGUGGGAAGAUUAAGAAAUUACCCAAUAUCUAUCUCAAGGUUCCACCUACACCACUGUGGUGGUUUAAAUGAGAACCCCCCCCAAGAUUAGGAGGUAUGGACUUGUUGGUGGAGGUGUAUCACUAGAGAUAGACUUUGAGGUUUCAAAGGACCAUGCCAUCUCUAGUUAGCUUUCUGCCUCCAGCUUAUGUAUAAGAUGUAAACUCUCAGCUACUGCUCCAGUGCCAUACAUGCCUGCCUGCUUGCUGCCAGAUCUCCAUCAUGAUGUUCAUGGACUCACCCUCUGAAACUAUCAGCUUUGAAAUUUAUAAAACAUGGAGAAGACUCAAGAGAAAGCUGAAAGAAUUCUUCUAGAGCCCUAUAGGUACUUACUUCAAUUACCAGGUAAACAGGUGAGAACCAAACUUUCACAGGCAUUUAAUCACUGGCUGAAAGUUCCAGAAGACAAACUACAGAUUAUCAUUGAAGUGACUGAAAUGCUACAUAAUGCCAGCUUACUCAUCGAUGAUAUCGAGGACAAUUCAAAGCUCCGACGUGGUUUUCCAGUGGCACACAGCAUCUAUGGGAUCCCAUCUGUCAUCAAUUCUGCCAAUUAUGUCUAUUUCCUUGGUCUAGAAAAAGUCUUAACACUUGAUCACCCAGAUGCUGUGAAGCUUUUCACACGACAACUUUUAGAACUCCAUCAGGGACAAGGCCUAGAUAUUUACUGGAGGGACACCUACACCUGCCCCACUGAGGAAGAAUAUAAAGCCAUGGUGUUGCAGAAGACAGGUGGAUUAUUUGGACUAGCAGUAGGUCUCAUGCAGUUGUUCUCUGAUUACAAAGAAGAUUUAAAGCCACUGCUUGAUACACUUGGUCUCUUCUUCCAGAUUAGAGAUGAUUAUGCCAAUCUACACUCCAAAGAAUACAGUGAAAACAAAAGCUUCUGUGAAGACCUGACAGAAGGAAAGUUCUCAUUCCCCACUAUUCACGCCAUUUGGUCAAGGCCAGAAAGCACCCAGGUACAGAAUAUCCUGCGCCAAAGAACAGAAAAUAUAGAUAUUAAAAAAUACUGUGUGCAGUACCUGGAGGAUGUAGGUUCUUUUGAAUAUACUCGAUACACUCUUAGAGAGCUUGAAGCUAAAGCCUACAAACAAAUUGAGGCCUGUGGCGGGAACCCUGCACUAGUGGCUUUAGUGAAGCAUUUAAGUAAGAUGUUCACAGAAGAAAGGGAAUAAUAUUUGCCAUUCUUGAUUAGACUCAGAGUUUCUUUCAGUUGAAAAUGAAGAGUGACUUGCUAUUUAUCUUUUCAAGUACUAGUCUCCAAAACCAAGUAAAUGAGGGUGAUGUGGGUGAAACAGUUUUAUUGUCAGAAUCCCUUUGUAUAAAAAUACAAACUUAAGAGCUAGAGAAAUGGCUCAGUGGUUAAGGGGCUGCUCUUCCAGAGGACCCAGGUUCAAUUUCCACUGCCCACAUAGAAGUUUAUCAGCAUCUAAGUCCAGUUCCAAUGAUCUAAUGGCCUCUUCUGGCCUUUGCAGGCAGCAGGCAUGCAUGUAGUAAACAAACAUACCUGUAGGCAAAACACUCAUACACAUAAGAUAGAUUUUUAUUUAAAGCACAAUUGAAAGUAUCAGGAGCCACAAACACAGGGCUUACAAAUGUCAGACGCUAAAUGUGACAAACUCCCUACCACCACAAGUGUUCCAGGUUUGCGAAUAAAAAAAGACUUCACCUUCCAAGAAA